CGUCCCCAGAUCGUCCGUCCAGCCACUGCUGGGUCCGACUCCGUCUGGCGACAACGGCAGUGGGGGACUUGUUUUGAUUAAAGUUGACGGAUUUUUUUCAUGGGUUUUCCUCAUGUUAUCGUUGCGUCGAAAUCCAGGAUGUCUGCUGCGCUUUCCGAGUCUUUAGCCGUUGGCUGUUCCUCACAUCCCAGACGGAGAAACAAACUUGGGAAUUAACCGAUCUUAGAGCGGAGAGCAGCAACUUUUCCAACUGCUGUACUAGUAAACGGGCUGACCUAUGCUAAGCUAAGCCGUUAGCCAAAAGUCUGGAAUGCAGUUGAAAUUCCUCUAAAAAAUCCACAGACGAGCAGGCAGACUUUCCACUCCGCGACUCGGUGACUGUAUGAGAUUUCCGAGCGACUUUGGAAGUGAAAGCUGCCCCACGGAGCCGCUGUGUGUCUGGUCCGGGUGGACGGUGCAGGUGCACCUCCUGCGGCACCUGCGAAAACUUGGUAACUUAGCUUCAUCGCAUUAGCUUGUUGGUUAGCAUUAAGCAGCAGAAGAAAGUGUUGCGGGAAAGUUUGUCCUCUCAUAGUAGAAAUUAUUUCAGCCAUUCAUUUUACAACAACCUUACAUUGUUAUUUUACCGUCAGCCCCCAAAGUGUAGGUAUUAGCUGGACCGUAUCUCUGCUAACCGUACCAGCCUCGCUAGCUAGUUAUUGACCCUCACUGUUACCGGAGUGGCGACGUGGAUUCAGACACGGCUGUGGACGCUCUCUGUCUCCCACAGGACUUUGGACAGUUUGACUUUGCCGUGGGCUGCGCAGAGAAAUCCCCUCUGUUCUCGCCGGAUAGUCUCGGAGAUGUGACAGCAUGAUUAUCUCAAAAAGCUACUUUUUACCGUUUUAAAGUUUUCAUUUUGUCCUAAAAGCUCCGCACCCUAUGGUGCCGCUACGGCCACCGAGAAAUGGAUGUCUCGCAGGCCGCUUUCCCAAACGGUGAAGGGCGGCCGGGCGGCGGUGGGACCGGGGAGCAUGCCUGGGCAGAGUCCCCCACAGUUCGGGCGUGGGCUCACUCUGCCCCGCUGUGCCCGACUCGAUCCCUGUGGACCGCCGCGUAUGACUACGAGGCAAGCGGGGAGGACGAGCUCAGUCUCAGGCGGGGGGACGUGGUAGAGGUCCUAUCCAAGGACGCUGCGAUCUCCGGGGACGAGGGAUGGUGGACUGGCAAGAUCAACCACCGGGUCGGGAUCUUCCCCUCCAACUAUGUCACCUACCAGCCCGCUAUUUACCGUCUCCCCACUACCAGUGUGUCGGUGGGGGUACGAGAGCGAGUCCCGGGCUCGCCGGUGCAGAUCCCCUUCAGUGAACUGGUCUUAGAGGAGAUCAUCGGCGUGGGUGGAUUUGGAAAAGUUUACCGGGGCACAUGGAAGGACCAGGAGGUCGCCGUGAAGGCGGCUCGGCAGGACCCAGAUGAGGACAUAACGGCCACCUCCGGCAGUGUUAAACAGGAGGCGAAGCUUUUCUCCAUGCUGCAGCACCCCAACAUUAUUAAACUGGAAGGGGUGUGCUUGGAGGAGCCCAACCUGUGCCUGGUCAUGGAGUAUGCCCGAGGCGGGACACUGAACCGGGUGCUGACCGGAAGGCGCAUCCCUCCUCACAUCCUGGUCAAUUGGGCCGUGCAGAUUGCACGCGGGAUGCACUAUCUGCACGAGGAGGCCGUGGUACCCAUCAUCCAUCGUGACCUGAAGUCUAGCAACAUUUUAUUACUUGAAAAGAUAGAGAAUGACGACAUCGGGAGGAAGACCUUGAAGAUUACAGAUUUCGGCCUGGCCAGGGAGUGGCACAAAACCACAAAGAUGUCAGCAGCAGGCACCUACUCCUGGAUGGCCCCUGAGGUCAUCAAGUCGUCUCUUUUCUCCAAAGGCAGUGACGUCUGGAGUUACGGUGUCUUGCUGUGGGAGCUGUUAACAGGCGAGGUGCCGUAUCGUGGGAUUGACGGUCUGGCUGUUGCUUAUGGCGUGGCAGUUAAUAAGUUAACCCUACCAAUCCCCUCCACUUGCCCCGAACCUUUCGCCAAGCUCAUGGAAGAGUGCUGGGACCAGGACCCCCAUGUUCGGCCCUCCUUCUCCUGCAUCCUGGAGCAGCUGUCGGCCAUCGAGGAGGCCGUGAUGGCCACAAUGCCCCAGGACUCCUUCCACAGCAUGCAGGACGACUGGCGAGUGGAGAUCCAGGAGAUGUUUGAUGAGCUCAGGACCAAAGAGAAGGAGCUCCGUUCCAGGGAAGAGGAGCUGACUCGAGCCGCCCUCCAGCAGAAGUCCCAGGAGGAGCUGCUGAAGCGUCGGGAGCAGCAGCUGGCAGAGCGAGAGAUCAACGUGUUGGAGAGGGAGCUCAACAUCCUCAUCUUCCAGCUCAACAAAGACAAGCCCAACGUGAAGAAGAGGAAAGGCAAAUUCAAACGUUCCCGCCUCAAACUGAAGGACGGAAACCGCAUCAGCCUUCCCUCAGACUUCCAACAUAAGAUCACCGUGCAGGCGUCGCCUUCUAUGGACAAAAGGCGGAGUCUCCAUAGUACCAGCUCUUCUCCUCCCAGCAGUCCCACACUCAUCCCCCGGCUACGAGCCAUUCAGCUGACAUCACACAUGCGGAGGCACAAUUUGUAUGUUUACCAGCAGGAUGUUGAUCUGACCAGCGAGCUCACGGCCUACUCCGGGUUCAGGAGGAAAGUUACUCAAGAUGAGAGCAACCGUACGUGGGGCCGCAGCUCCCUCUUCAGGCCAGAGGAGUUCGAUGAUGUGAAAAAGGGAAUCAAGAAGAAAGGAAGGACCUGGGGCCCCAGUUCAGUACAGAGCAAAGAAAGACCUGCUGCUGCUGAGAGAGUGCGUCCUCUGUCAGACGGCAGCAACCCCUGGUCCACCAGCCUGGUGAAGUCCCAGAAGUCUGUCCCUCUUGCUGCCCUGUUUGCUGACCAAGCUGGGGCCGGUAAAGACGAGGCGUUCCCCCACGAAUGUCCUGACAGCAGCUCCAAACCAAAGCAGCUCAAGUUCCCCAACCAGGUGUACAUCGAUCUACCUCUGUGGAGGGACGAGCAGCAGCCUCAGAGCCCCGCUGGGAACUGUGGGCCGGGAGACGGAGGGGUCGGGGUAGUGGGUCAGGGCGGCCCACCCGAGACACCAGACGACCCCUACACCACCACGUCCACGUCGUCCACCUCCACCACGCCACAGCUCACCCCCACCAACAGCCUGAAAAGGACGUCAGCUCGCAGGAAGACUGACUCGGUGCUGUACGGCUGCGGCUCGUUGCUGGCUUCAGUCGUGCUCGGUUAUGACAUCAGGGAGGCUCUGAAAAACUCGACCCCCGGAGAAGACUGUGAGCCGCAGAAAGAGGAGAAAGAGAAGAAGAAGAAGGAGGGCCUGUUUCAGCGCGCGACACGUUUCCGCCGCAGCACCUCGCCACCGAGCGGCCGCUCCCGCAAAGACGAGGUGUCCUCCAACCACACCUCCACCCAGCCAGUUAAUCUCAUCUCCAUGUCCGCCAUCAUGGAAUGCAACUCCACCAAGUGCCUGCUGCAGUCUGAGGUGGAGGUGUCAGAGUCCAGCCCUGGGAAGAUCGAGCAUGUGGUUGUCAAUCAUCACACAGAGCUGCCCAGACCCGGAACAGCAGCUUCCACCGACACCCAGAGCAACAAGACCGCAGCUAAAACACAGACGCCUGUCCAAACCCAAAGUCAGCCGCCAGAGCAGAACAACCACAACACAGGAACACGUCUCCGCAGGAAGAAAUACACCAGCAACCACACCAAUGGACCACCCACUCUGCCUCCUCCAACCACACAUAAGAAGCAAGAGAAAGAGAAGGAUGGAAUGUCAGAGAAGCCCUCCGCUGGAGAGGCCUUCUCCAGACCUCGGCCGGUGUCUUUCCGGGCCAAACCCCACACCUGGGCCCUGCUGCGAGGACGCAACAAGAGCUACUCCCUGGGUCACUACUCCGGAGAGAAGGCGGCGCAAAACCUGAACAUGGUGCUGUCCUCGGAGGUGGGGGUGGGCUGCUCCCUGCUGGACAUGGACACUGAGGGCCAGAAACGAGACUGCACCGUGCCGCUCUGCCGCAUCCAGAGCUCCCCGGCUCGGCCCUCUGUCUUCGAGCUAGAGAAAGAGUUCCUCUCUUAGGAGCCUCGACAAGUAAUCUGCCGUGGUUGUAGCUCAUCAGACAGACAGAAUUUUUUUGGCCUAGAACUCCUGGAGGGUUUAGAACCAGGCUGCCUUUGUUUCCAUUUUUUUAAAAGUUCUUUUUAGAACUGUAGGACUCAGCUUUGUCUUAGAACAUAGUGCUGUCAGUGUUCUAGAGCGUAACAGAGUCUGAGACUUCUAGGAGACGCCGGUGUCACAGCAGGUCUUGAGCGUUCGCCCUCGUCUCACCGGAGAACACAUAGCAUUCUGAAACCUGAGCAGAACAUCCCUGAGUCGCUCAUCUCUCUCUCCCUUCGUCACCCCUCCUCCCUUCUGUCGGUGCAGCUAAACGUUGACCGCUGCUGCAGCUUUCGCAACACAGUACCCUCACCUUUUUAUUUAUAUAUAUAUUUUUAUAGGUAAUUUAAUAUGAAGAGACUCGACCUGACCUUAGCAGCCUGCAGGACAUACAUUCCAUGUCAGUUUCAAAGCUGUGUGAUCACACUUUUAGAGUUUUUUGACUUGAGAAUCAUGCAUGCAUGUACCCUUGAAAUGUUGAACAAAAAAAAAUCAUUAUGCCUUGUUUGUUAAUAUUUCUUUUUAUUCUUUAUUGGCCUAACGCUGGCAGUCAUUUUGUAUUGCAUAUACGCUGUUUUAUGACUGUUUUAAAAGUCAGCAAUGCUGCGGUACAGUUUGUGCUCUGGGGACGGGUUACAUACCGGAUGGUAGCAGGGAUGCUCGUACGUUUCCACCCAGAACACCCUGAAGAUUUUUAGAGAUGCGGGUAGAAAAACACUGGAAGUCCUUACAGCAGAAGUGGAAUCUUUCCAUUUAAAAGCUGUGGUCAUGUGUUGCUAAUAUGGAUUUUUCUAAGAGUAUUUAUAGAAAAGUUGGUUAAUAUGCAGCAGAAAACAUGUCAGGAAAACCUGCCCCAAGUUAAUGAAUUCAUGUAAUCCCCCUGAUAACAGCUGAUUGGUUGGAAGAAUAAUGUCCUGAAGCCCCGGAGAGUUUUUAUUUGAAAAUACUGUCUCGAUGCAGAAAAUGGCAAAAGUGUACUGUAAACCUGACAGGUCCUGUGCCUUCAUGUCUGAUUUCAGCCCCAGUUUAGUUUAAUGUAGUUCAUUUUGCUGUUACGUUUAACUAAUCUGACAACUGCUUCAGUCAGAUUUGUAAAUUUUUUUAUGUAACAUUAAGCAAAGGCUUUCCCCAGAUCGCCAAACAUCCUCCUAAAGGCUAGUUCAUGCUUUCCAGGCAUCUGCAAUGACAUGCAUGAUGUAAACUUCAUCAUCUGCUGAGUCACAACACGUCUGUAGACGCCCAAAACAAAUGCUUGUUUAGUGGAGAAGCUGUGUGAGGAGAUCCUCCGUUAUCCGCACCUUUUUAAAGUAUAUUUAAAGAGUUGUAGCUGCUUCCAAACUUUGCAGAAUUACCCCAACCCAGGAGGCUCUAAAGUCUCCAGAUAUCCUAUGCUGUGUCUGACAGAACAUUUUUGGGAAAAUUCAGUUGAAACAGGUUCUUCUCAGUAAAAUUUCAAGCACACUGCUAAGUUCACAGCCUUUUACUAUGCAAGUAAACCAAUGUUUCAACGCUGUUUUGUCUGUUUUUUUUAAAACAGUAGUGUUAAAAUAUUAGUCUGAUUGCAUAAUAAAAGGUUGUGAAUUUAGCAGUCUACUUUUUUUUGUACUAUCCACACCUCAGGAAUAAUCAUGUUGACACGGCGCUGCAGCCUAAUCUCCAACUUACUGCUACAUCCUGUGAAAAGUACAAAGUUCCAGCCUUUUAGAAGCAUCUACAAGGAGGUUUUCUGUUUGACCUGAGCAGUAACACAGCCUUCUGUGUUGUUAUCUGUUGUACAUUAAGGCCAAAACAAAGGCUUGUUUAGUGGAGAAGCUGUGUGAGAAGAUCCUCCGUUAUCCACACCUUUUUAAAGUAGCAUUUAAAGAGUUGUAGCGGCUGCCAGACUUUGCAUAUGCAGAAUUAUAGCUACAUGUUUUCCAUCGAUGGUGCCCUAACACAGGAGGCUCUAAAAUCUCCAGAUAGCCUGUGUUGUGUCUGACAGAAACUGUGUUCUCUGCACAUUUUUGACAAAAUUCAGUUGAAACAGGUUGUUCUCGGUAAAAUUUCAAGCACACUGCUAAGUUCACAGCCUUUUAUUAUACAAGUAAACCAACAUUUGAACAUUACUUUGUCUUUUUUAAGACAGUAGUGUUAAAACAUUAGUCUGAUUGCACGAUUAAAGGCUGUGAAUUUAGCUGUCCAUUUUUUGGGGAAUUAUUCCUUGCAGCCCAAUCUCCAACUUACUGCUACGUCCUGUUAAAAGUACAAACUUCCAGCCUUUUAGAAGCAUCUACAAGGAGGUUUUCUGUUUGACCUGAGCAGUAAUAUCUGUGUUGCUAUGUGUUGUCGUACGAUUACAACCCUAUUUUAGCAGAACCCAUGAAUUGGCCUUUUAUUGAGUUCACGAAGGUCGAGGACAGAAAUUGUCUAAACGGAGUCAGUUUGCAUUUCAUCAUUAUACUGUAAACUUCCAGCUACUUGAACGGUUUCCUCAGGAUUCUCAAAGGGCUCAGUAUCCUGAUUCAAAAACAGGUUUUUCUCUCUGAACCUGACAUCAUGCAGCUGAUCUAAGGGGCGUAGCUCCAGCUUCACUCCGGGGCUCUAAAUCAAAAAAUGAACUGAUUAUUGAUCUAUAAAUGUUUGAUUACAUUCCCCCAACUCUUCAUCAUCGCUAUCUUCACUAGAAAACCCGCUUUGGGAGGACUUUACUGACAGAUCUGAGUUUCCAAAUGGUGUAAAUAUAACUGUGAUUCCUGCUGUGUAUAUCACUGUGGCAUUUUGUGAUGAUUUAGAAUGUGAACUUUCCCAUGUUCUGUCUUUUCUGACCACUGACUUUCAAACCAGGUCCAACACUGUAAAGGCCUUACUAAUCACGGUGCCGUUUACGUUUUUAUUAUGAAUCGAGGGUAUCUGGUGCUGUACGUUCCCCUCAAUAACCUGCAGUCCCUUUUCCACACUCACAACUCCCUCGGCUGCUGGUUAACUUGAAUCAACAUUCCCAAACAAACAUUCCACUGCUUUCUGACCAACUGCAGCAAUAAUAUUUGUGCAAACCGGUUACCAGUACGGCUCAUUCAGGCUUUCUGGCCGCGGGACCAAAUUCAACUCGACCAGCACUAAAGGCCUCUUUGUCUUCAGGACCAAAACCACUAAAUGAACUAGCUGCUAGUGAGGAGUUGUUACAAAGAAAGCGACUCCGUUCGAAAAAACGUCACAAAGAAACCUCAGAGGCUGAAAAACCCGAAACCUUCUGAUCAAAUGACGAGAACUUUCUGUUAAGUCCUUUAAAAAAACAACAAACAGAACUGAACACUUGUGUGACGCUGAGUGUGUCUGACUUUAGCUUGGAGUCCAUCUGUGUCAGUGAGCGGUGUUCGUUAUCAUUACAGUAUUGGUUGUUUCAUGCCUGAUUGAUCAAGAGUAUCAAGUUUAUCGACAUUUUGAAUAAAGUCUAAAUCAAGACUAA